AUGCUUUGGUCAACUGUCGAGUCUCGGCCGAGUGUGGAGAUACACAAUAAAUUACGGAUCCGGGGAAACGUGGAGAAACGGGGUAAACUCUUGGGUUACAAGAUACCUCGGUACAUGGUACAGGUGUUGUCUUUGUUGAACAAACACCAAGAUGGAAAUCUAUGCAUAUCCUUCUCGAAAAUCCAAGAAUUAGAGCUCUGA